GAGCAUUCGGUGCGAAGGAUAUCAGUGGUACAGCCGACCCAUCAUCACCACCACCACAGCCACACCACUACCCACUCGCCGCCAAUAUUCACCACUAAGUCAAGCCCACAGCUGACGGGCCCGGCGACCGCCGCUCUGCCAAUCAUAUCGUCGUCGCAUAUAUCGUCGGUCAUACAGCCGGUGCUGCACUCGGGCGCCACCGUCAUUGAGAACAACUACCGGUUCCCGAGUCACCAGUCGAUACCCAUUUGUUACGAUAAUGCGAGCGGCGGUCGAUCGCACACUCAGAUGACGACCACAACGCAACCGGUGCUUAACACGUAUGGUACAGAUCUAGUCAACGCCGGCGCCCGUACGCCCAUCGAGAUGCUGCCCGCGUAUAUGCCACACCUCCAGCGCCCACAGGCGACCAUCACAUUCAAGGGACCCAUCGUUUUUCCGGUGCUUAAGGACCAGUUGGCCAACGGAACCAAUAUUGAGUUCACAGUAGACGACGAGUACUAUAAUUCCAGCGACAGUUCCUUCCCAUCGCCUGAGCGCAAGACCAGCGCCACCACAACCGAUAAGUACAGACAAGUGGCGUCUCAGCCGGCGCUCGACACCAAUGACUCGGAUGCGAGUAAUGAAACCGAGGAUGCGAUUGACGAAGAGAUGGAAGUUCUCGAUAAGGAUAAGGAGAACGACAAAGAAGUGAUACGAGUCUUGUCUCCAGUCAACGGGUUAGUCGUGCCUAAGACUACCGGUGCGAUUAGACCGACAACGCUGUCGCUGCGCUCGAAUAACGGCUCAAAUCUGGUCAGCUCUAUACUGGUGUCGCCCGACACUCCCCGAUCCAACAAGACCUGUGUGGAGACCUAUAUGAGUGGACACGCCUACAGUCGCAUUGGGCACAAAGUGAAGCCCCGGCCCGUCUACUGCACGAUAUACAAGACUCAGCCCAUGUUUGUCCAGCAAGAGACUGAUCCCCACCUUUCCAUGUACUCCAAUUGGACGACCAGUCCGUUGACCACCGACGACGUGAUGAAUUUGGCGACCCCUCCAGUGGUGCUCGGCUUAUACGACUCGCGCGACAAACAUCGGGUCGACUCAAUGGUGAUGACCUCCCCCUCCAAGACUGAACUCAAUUCAACGCAUUCGAGUUACUGGAGGUUCAGGAGGUCUGACGACGAGAAGGAGAACCUGAAGGACGUGAUCGCGAGGCUCAGGGAAGACGUCGGCGAGAGUGCCGAACAGGUCUACAGGAAGUUGAGCGAAGAAGUGAGCGCUUCGUCGGCCUAUUCGGGCGACACUGACUCGGAUGGCGGCGCUAACGGUGAUGCGGGCCCUCCCAAAAGGGUUCGCAUCUUUGAAGGCGGUUUCAAAUCCAAUGAGGACUACACGUACGUGAGGGGUAGGGGUCGUGGAAAGUAUGUGUGCGAAGAGUGUGGCAUUCGCUGCAAGAAACCAUCGAUGCUGAAGAAGCACAUCCGCACGCAUACCGAUCUCAGGCCUUAUAGUUGCCGUCACUGCGCCUUCGCCUUCAAAACCAAAGGCAAUCUCACGAAACACAUGAAAUCGAAAGCCCAUCACAAGAAGUGCGUGGAGAUGGGUAUCAUACCGGUGCCCAUCACGAUCGAUGAGUCCCAGAUCGACACCGACGCGCUCGCCAAGCAAGAGAUGCUGGAGAUCUCGUGCGGCAAUUUGCCCGAAGACGAGGACGAGGAUGAAGAUGAGGGCGAAUGGGAUGAGGACGAGGAGGAAGAGGAUGACGAGGGAGUUCCCAUACCGUUGAUUGAGUUGCAACGCAUGGCACCCCUUCCGGUAGUUCCCGGACAGUUCGACGACGCGGACAUGGAGGGCAGGACCAGAACGGUGUCCGAGUCGGGCUCUAACGCCACGGAAGCCGAGGAACAGGAGGCGGCCCGCAGUCUACUAAUACUGUCGGGCUCGGGCUCUGAGUCCGAUUUGACGACAACAACCGCUCGCAAGACGUCGAACGCCAUCCACGAAGACAUCCCUAACUCUCCCGAAAAGCGAAAGGUUUCGGUAAUCGACAGACGAGUCUCGCAACAGAUGUUUGAAGAGAAACAGAGACGAGUGUCUCAACAGAUCCUCGAAGCCGAACAACAGAGGCGUAUAUCACAGCAUCAGAUGUCACCCAUUGCUGUGAAACCAGUGUCGGAACCGGUGGCCGACUUUCACAUGUCAUCCAUUAUGAAGCCACCGACGGAACCAAUGAUGAUGUCGUCGCCGAGAAAGUUGUCGACCGAACCGCCGAUGAUGUCGUCGCCGCGCAAACUGUCGCCCAUAGAGCAGCUGCAGCAACAGGUCCAUCAGCACCAGCAACACCUGCUGCAGACCACGUGGACACCGAACUGCGACCAACUGUCGAGACCCCGUUCCUACUCAUUCAACGACGUGCCACUCGUGCCCUCCAAUCACAGCCACAACAACGUGUUUAAUACGACCACGUCUUCGCACAUACCUCUCGAGCCCAUCGAACCAAUCAGUGAAGAGAGCAGUGGUGAAGGGGAGGACUCUAUGGACUCGUUUGCACUCCGGAGGUAUUCCAUGUCAGUGAUCGCCGAACGACGCUUUGAUUCGCAGCCGCGGAAGACGUCGAGUCAGUUCCCGGCCAUUCAGGAGCGCGAAGAGCCAAUGGAUCUCUCAUUGAGUACAAAACCCAACGAACCGGUGAUCGAGGGAAUCGUUUUGCCGCAAAUGACAUCACCGAACGCCGUUCCCAACGGACUGGCCGCCGGACUCCGACACGGAGAGUUCAUUCCGAAGGCACCGCAACGGGUGAUCGUGGACUCAGUGGACGGCAAAUCGAUUUGUUCCAUCUGUUCCAAGCAGUUCUCCAAACCAUCGCAACUCCGACUCCACGAAAACAUCCAUUACUUUGAGCGCCCGUUUAAGUGCGACUCCUGUGCCUUCUCCAAACCAUCGCAACUCCGACUCCACGAAAACAUCCAUUACUUUGAGCGCCCGUUUAAGUGCGACUCCUGUGCCGUCAGUUUCCGGACCAAAGGCCACCUCCAGAAACACAAGCGAUCCGUCUCUCACUUCAACAAAGUGACCAUCAACUCGACCUUCGGCACGCCCACCACCGACAACCCCCGGCCCUUCAAGUGCGCCGACUGUAAGAUAGCCUUCAGAAUCCACGGCCACUUAGCCAAACACCUGCGCUCCAAAAUGCAUAUCAUGAAACUGGAGUGUCUGGGUAAGUUGCCAUUCGGUAUGUACGCCGAGAUGGAGAGGUCAGGGGUGAACCUGAACGAGAUCGACACCACCGACUGCGAGAACUCACUGCAAAGCCUGCAAAUGAUGGCUCAGCGCCUGUACGACCCGAGACAGAUGAGGUGGGCGUCCGAACCAAUGCCCGAAUCAGACAAUCACUCCUUCGAUGACAACUCGCAAGUGAAGAACGAACCAAAUGAAGGCUUUUACCACUCGUUAGAUCAGAGGGAAAGACAGCCACCGGUGCUCGUCAACAGUCAACCAUCGCUACCACCACCGCCACCAUUACUCACCACCAGUCCUCGUAUUCCGUCACAACUGUCGCCCAUCACUAGACCCUCAUCACCACCAGCCGUUCCCAAAUCGCCACCCGUUCCACAACAACAACCACAACCUCCAGUUCCUCCGCCAGCAGCGGCGGUCGCACCGCAACCUCAGUCAGGAUUCACGUCCACCCGAUCCAACACUUGCCAUCUGUGCGGACAGACAUUCAAAGGGGCGAAGUUCCUUCAGGUGCACCUGUAUUGCGAUCACCCAUCGGAAAGCCCGUCGCCUCAGGUCGAGGAAAGGCAUGACUAUGAGUGCGAUUACUGUCAUAAGGGCUUCGAUGACGUAGUCAUAUAUCACGAGCACCAGUUGACCCAUACGGCCGCCCGACCCCACGUAUGCGACACCUGCGACGCCGGGUUCACCUCAUCAUUACUGCUGGGCUCCCAUAUGCAGACCCAUCACCCGUUAGCGCAACAAAUGGCAUGAAUGGCAUCACUUGUAUUCGUGUCACUUAUCGCACCAUUUCUUGUUAUUUUGCCUUCAGUUUGCUCUUUGAUAUGUAAUUCGCCUCAAAAAUGUGUUUAAAAACGCUUUUCCUAAUCAAUUGUUAUUCUGUUUUUUCCAAUCGAAACGCCAAUAAACGCCUUUCCAUUGGUUUCCAAGUCUAGACGCGAAAAGACUUUUUCACUUUUAGACCUUAGACUCUGAACUCUUGGAGUUUUUUAUGCGUUAAUCAUAUUUAUUGCAAGAAUUUCACUACUUUUAUAUGAUUUUUAUCACCAAAAGCUGAUUUGUAUGAAUGCAGUAAAACCUCUGCAAAACUUAACCUUUGAUUUCAUAUUCAAUGACUAAUUGAAGGAAUUAUUUGUUUGUUUCGAUUUCGAAAUAUUUUUAUUGUCUUUUACUCGAUAUUUUUGGUUUCAAACAAAUUUGUUAUUGAAAUGAAGGAUAAAAUAGAUUUUUGUUUUAUGUUGUUAUUUAGUCACUAUUUUUUGGUCACUUUAUUUUCGUAGCCAUACAUUAUGCGAGUCUUCCCCUCAAAGUCUGUUAUCAAACCACACAUUCAUAUAUAAACUCUUUGCUAAACCAGAAAACAAUUGAUUCAUAAAAUAAUUAUUAAAAAGCAAUUGUUUAUAAACUCUAAUAAUAAUAAGAUAUCAUUUCCAUACAUACAAAACACACUCAUUUUGACAUAUCAUUGCAAUCGACAUAACAUUUUGUGAAAAUAUAAGACAAAUAUAUGAAUAACUUAUAAAUGAUU